AUGUGCUACACAUUCACGCUGAAGAAAACACAUGUGAAUGAUCGCAGGCUUCCGUCCGCAUCUACCAUCGAGGGACUAGAAUGUAUCGACGUUGGAAAAUCAGGCAAUGUGUACGCCCUGGAUGCGCGCCGAGUGGUGAAGAGAUAUGAGGGCGACAUUGACGCCGAGAUUCGUGCCGAGCGAGAAGUUUACGAACGCCUAGGCCGACAUCCCAACAUUGCGGAAUUUCUAGGCGCUCUGGAUGAUGGAUCAAUCAUCCUCGAGCGCGGACAAGUACUUCGAGAUCGACUACUCGCUGAACAGCAGCAAACGAGUGCUCGCUCCAUGAUUCCUCUGCGCACAAAAUAUCGCUGGGUCAAACAGGCGGCUACGGGGUUACAACACCUCCAUGACCACAACAUCAUCCAGGCCGAUGUGGGAUGUCGAAACAUGAUCAUCGCCCACCGUGACGGCAAUUUAAAACUCAUCGACUUUGAAGGCUGCAGCAUUGAUGGCAAAGGGCCGAAUUCCUCGUACGAGUGGUUUAGCUACAAGCCAUCCACGCCCCGCGCCACGGUGCAGACCGACAUCUUUGCUCUGGGCUGUGCAAUCUACGAAAUCGUGACUGGCAGCCACCCACAUUGUGAGUUAAAGGGAUUCAAAGACGCCCAAGAGCGCGUCGAGCGUCUGUACGAAAGCAAUCAAUUUCCCCAGGUGGCCCAUCUGCCCAUGGGUGCCAUCAUGCUGGAUUGUUGGCAGGGGAAAUUCAAGUCGAUGCGUGAAAUUGUCGAGAGCAUCGAACUCCUCAGCCACGGCCAGUCUACCACCAAGUCACGGUACGUCAAAAGCUGGUGGAGAAUGAUGGCUGUGCAAUGA